AUGGCGUUCUCAAAGAUCGCGAAAACGCUGACGGAUCUGAAGCAGAAGUCUCAGGAUUCCUUCUCAAACAUGCUGUAUGUCUACGCUGGGUUUGUGUAUGAUCGACCAUGGAAAAUUAUUCUGGCGAGUCUCCUGGGAUGCUUACUCCUGAGUAUGGGUUUCUGCUACAGAGAGAAUGAAAAAGAUAUCUACAAACUGUACUCCAUAUCAAAUUCGUAUGCCUGUGAAACGAAUGAUGUGAUUAAUGACUUUUUUCACAAAAGUCGGAAGGCCUUUAUCAUGGUGGAGUCAAAUUGCAAUCUGCUGAAGCCCCAUAUCUUAAAAGAGCUAAAAAAGUUCGAGGAUGGAACGAAGGAAAUUCAAGUUGAUCUCUCCGAGAUCAAUGAGUGUAGUAAAGACUCCGAGGUGCCAUCUGUGCACACGGAUGCAUCGAAGGAGGUAUAUGAUAUGCUUCUAAAAAAUCAAGAUGUGAAUGCCAACUUAGAUUGGAAACCAAAUUUCAAACGAUUUAACUUCAAUUUUGCCCUGAAUAAGCUCAUCGGAAUGAAAAACAAACUGACGGAGUCAAAGAGCGACGAUAAAGGGAAAGGUAAAGGGAAGAAAGGGAGCAAGAAGGACAAGAAAAAAGGGAAGGACUCAAAGGAGGGCACAAAAAGUAGUCGCAGUGAAGACGCCGAUGGUGAAGACGCCGAUGAUGAAGAUGACGCUGAUGAAGAUGAUGAUGAUGAAGAUGAUAAUGAUGAAGAUGAUAAUGAUGACGAGAAUGAUACAGAAGAAGGGAAAAACCAAACGAGUAGGGGCAAUCCCAACUGGGAAGACGACGACAACAGUGGUGAUCGCCAUGAUGACGAUAUCGAUGCAGACCUACUUAGCAACGGUGAAGGAAACCAAGUACAGGGAUUUCAAAGCUAUGUUAACAACUUCGUCGAUAAGAAGAUCAAGUGGCUGACCAGAAAAAUUACAGACAUGUUCAAAGGAAAGACAAAUGGAAACACAGUAGAAGAGAAAGAAAUGUCAAAAGUGAAUGCCACUGAUUUUAAAGAGGACACUUUUUACCCCCCAUUUUAUAUCCCUCCCAUGCUGCUAAAGGAGGACAGGUGUCUUCUCCAAAAUGUAUUGAAGGAUAAAAAUGUUAAUAUAAAUCUGAGAGAAGCAAGUGAUUCGUUGAAGAAGCAGAUCACUUUCUCGUUGCAAGACAUAUGCGAGAAGAAGUAUAACGAGUGUAACUUAAGUUCUAUCUUUCUCUACUAUGAGAAUGGGAAUGCCAAAUAUGAAAAUCCCAUCAAAGUGGAUAAUCUAGACUUUUACGUAAACAGGAAGACAUUCAAAGAAAUGAUAUUGAAGUCUAUUCUUGGGAAUAUGCAAUAUAAGGAGAAUCCAUUCAGCUACACCAUCACUUCGGCCAAUGCCAUCAUGACAAUAAUCCCCCUUUUUAACUCCUACAAAUAUGAGCCAUAUGUAUUGGCCUACGAGAAGAGGCUUAUUGAGUAUGUCCGCUUCUAUAACAUGGAUGAAGUGAUACAAGACGAGGAAACCAAUGAUGGGAAUGAACCGUAUAUCAAAUUUCAUGUAUUCACAGACAGAAGCUUGGAAGACGAAGUGGAUCGAAUAUCCAAGAUUGAUAAUCUGACCAGACUGCUCUUUAUCAUCGGGGUGUGUCUCAUCUUUAUGUAUGCCUUAUUCAACAACGUCACCUCUGUUUUGUAUAGGAGCAAACCUCUCUGUGCUGUUAUGGGCAUUCUGUGUGGUUUCUUGGGAUACCUUGCCGGUUCAGGCUUCUUAUUCUUCCUCGGAGUGAAAUCCGUCCCUCCAGCGGAAACAGUGCCUUUUCUUGUCAUUGGGGUUGGCGUAGAUGACGUGUUUGUUAUCCUAAAUUCGUAUUCCCUCCUUUUUAUGAUUAAAGAUAAUAAGAAGAGAAUUCAGCUUUGUCUAAGGGACAGUGCCUUGGCCAUCACAGUGACUACUGUGACGAAUAUUAUUGCUUUUCUUAUUAGCUCUGUUUCUCCCUUUUACUCCAUAUGUAGUUUUUCCCUCUUCACCGCGAGUUCACUCUUCUUUGGCUACCUGAUGGUCCUGACUCUGCUUCUCAGCUUCCUCUGCAUCGAGGGCAAGUGGGAAAAUAAGAAGAGGAACAUCUUCUCCGGUACUACUCUCCUCUUUUGCUCCUUCUUCGGAAGGGGGAGAAGCGGCAGAGGGAAGAAUGCUGUUACUCCCAGCGGUUCGGGUGCGGCCUUGCCCAAUGCACCGGCUGCGUCCGGUGCUGCGUCUGCUUCUGCCGCUGGUGCUGCCUCUUCUUGUGGUGGUUCCCCCCCCGGACAGAACAAUCUCACUCUGGAGAUGGCCCAAAAUGAAGACGACUACAAGAAGACACCACCCGAGUAUGAAAAUAUCUCCAUUUAUGAGUGGAUCCACAACCUCUACCUUUUUGAAGAAUCCUUCAAUAAGAAGAAUGCCACGGUUUACUCUUCCAAUGAGAUCAGCAGCAAAGGAUACAACAACGAAAAUGGAAUGCAGACCUCUCCUGCUCCGCACGAUCAGCUUAGUCUGGAAAACAUGUGCUUGGACAAGAAGGAUAUGAAGAAACGGAAAGGUGGAGCUGCCCUGCAAGACCCAUCGGGCAAAGGCAGGAAGAACCAGAUGGCGCUUAAGUACUCCGGCGGAGCGGCGCGAGGGACCAUCCCUAUGGAGGAGGAAGAAGAGGAGCAACCAUCAUCAUCAUCCGCUCCGAUGAGAUCACACCUACUUGAAGUGGAAGAGGGAAGAGGAGGAACCGGCGCAGGAGAGGCGUCGGACAAUAAAGGAGCAAAAAAGAUAACCAUCGCGAGUGACAUAUUUUCAGGCCAAAGUGGCACUCCAAAUGGGAACGACUUGGAUGGUAGCGGUGUGAAUCGUGGAGUGGACCGCGGUGUGAUGGGAGCAGGGACGAGUGGACGUAUGGGGCUCCCUCGAGAAAGGAAGAACCUGCUGCAGGAUCGCGAGAAGGGUCUCGCAGGCGGCGAUCACGGGGACAACCACUACUAUAAUAACUCGAUGGAGAUGGCGACGAAGGAUACUCUACAUCUGAACAAUCUGCACGAUAGGGAUAAGAAAAACGUUUAUCUGCUGAGCUCCCACGACAAUGCUCUCUUCUACAAGUACAUCUACGAAGAGCCAAAAGGAAACAUAGGAAAAUAUUUCCGAUCUCUCGUGAAAAAUUACUACGUCCCUUUCCUCUCCUCUGGAAUGGGAAAAACCAUCGUCUACGUCGUUUUUUCAGCUAUUAUUAUGCUCUCCAUUUAUGGCUGCACGUUGAUGAAGAAGGGGAUUAAAUAUGAUAAGGCCUUUCCAGUAGAUUCUUACGUUAGACUCUUCGUGGAAGCCAAGACGAAAUACUUCCCUCACUAUGGAGACAUGAUCGAAGUGUACUACUUUGACAAAGACUUCGUUAAGAAGUAUAGACGAUUGAACAAUCAGGAGGACGUAGUCUCUUCAUCUUUUCUCUACUCGGAUAGGACAGAUCGAGAGAUGAUGAAAAAUCCAAAACUGAAUCGAAACAUCCAUUGGGAGGUGAAAGAUCUGCAGAAUGAACUCAUCGAAAUGAAUGACCAACUGGAAGAACUGGAUUUCGUGUCAGGAGUGGCAAAUGGAUUUACUCACUUCCUUAACAGCAAUCGUAGAAAAUUGAAAAACGAGACCCCGGAGCAGUUCUACGACACCUUUGUUGAUUGGAUACAGAAUGACUUUGUGGGGAAUCUCUUUAAAAAUGAUUUUAUCUUCCUGAACAAAAAGCUAGUCGCCUGGAGGUACUUCUAUUUCCAGAACAAUGUGGACGAUUCAGAGAUCUCCUCCAAAUGGCUCAAGACAUGCAAGAAGCUCAGCAAAUUGGAAGACCACAAUGUCCAGCUGCAGUGUUUCCACAUCAGCUCUAUCUUCAACGAGACGGACGAGGUCAUCAUUGAAGUUACUCUCAUCAACCUUGCCAUCACGAUCGCUUCCAUUCUCAUCGUCACCGCUUACAUUAUAAAGGGGCUGAGCUCCUGCGUCAUCAUUGCGCUGAUCAUUUUCCUCAUCGACCUCUGCAUCUUUGGCUUCAUGUGUCUCUGCGGCAUCACCGUCAACAUCAUCUCGAUGGUCAUCCUGGUCCUCUCCGUCGGCUUCUCCAUCGACCACACCUCCCACAUCGUCCAGGCCUUCACCCACAGCAAGGGAAGAACACGGGAUGAGAAGAUGAAGGAAAGUCUGCACCUCAUGAUAGGGCCCGUCCUGCACAGUGGACUCUCCACCUGGUUUGUCAUAAGUACCCUGUUUUUUUCCAACAAGGAUUUCACCGUCAUCUUCUUUCAAACGUUGUCUCUGGUCCUCUUUUUUUCCGUGAUCUUCUCCUCCAUGUUUUUGCCAGUGCUGCUCUCGAGCUUUGGCCCGCUGUAA